AUUUUCUCCAACUCAGGGAAACCAAGGAAUAUGGACUGCUGGCAAUUUUAGAAUUAGCCAAAAACAUCAAUCUGCCUCUAGUUCUAACUGUCACGGCAAACUGAAAUACAGCACCUCAUGGCACCAAAAUAUCUGAAGGAGGCCGUGGCUUUGCAAGUGUUAAUUGAAGCUAAUGUGCGAUUGUUAUUCCCGGAUGUCCCAUUACAUAUUAUCACAGCCAAAUGCGAGGAUGAGCAGAUUUAUGCUUGUGUCGUACAAGUCUAUGAGAUCGAUGGCAAGAAGCAGCACCAGAUUUUGCUUCAGGGUGAGCCGGGUCAUUCGCAUUGGGGUUUCAAGAGUUCGCUCGAAAGCAUCUUCCGCAAAUCUCAAGCGCUUCUAGGAAAAGAACUUAACCUUAUAGCACUUGAAGAAUCAGAUAGCAAAUAUUAAUAGACAUGUUAUCACGAGA